GUGCGCCACUCGCAGGCACGCAGGUGCUGCCCGCGACAAUCACCGCCACGCGCGAGUGCGGCGCUCGUCUCAAAGUGACCUUGAAACGAGGAGCUCCGUCCGAUUACAACGAUGCGCGGCGAGCCGGGCUCGCGCGCUCCGUAUUCUCUCGGCGUGCCGGGGAGCUCAUGAGGAAUGUGUUGCUCGUUCACGUCGGGCAUGGCCCUGGGGACACGUCGUGUUGCCGAUCGCGCCGUGGGAGAGACGGACACUCUGCCCCCCUCCCUCGAGUGGCGAUGAGGCGGCCAGCAGACGGCGACGGAGCCAAAUCCAAUGUCGUGCCGGAUUUAGCUGCGCCCAGGACUUCAUUGCCUGCCUUUCACGAGCCCGCAUUGACCAGAGUGGACGGCCAUGUCAAAAAGAGGACGUCCUGGGAAAACCAGGACAGGUGGCGACCCUUGGAGUGGUGAACGUGGAGGGGAUAGCGGCUGGCAUAAAGCCGCACCGUCCUUGGCACGAGCGUGCCGCGGCAUCUGCGCGAGUCGGCACUCUGCUGCUGAAGUUGGCGGACUUCCCACGCCUCCUGCCGUGCCAAGGGGCAGGCGCUGGCCUCCCGGCACCGAUACCUCCGCAGGCAUUUCCAGGAACACGACUGGGGGACUGGCCCGGGCGGCCGACCCCAUCAGCGCGUCUGGCCCGACAGACCGCGGUGUGCCCCCCCUCCCCGUCUCCACUCCGCGGCCGACUCCGAGCAGUGUCGCUCCGAGCCCCCCCGCACGCCGCCGCCUCCGCCGCCGUCGUCAGCAGCCGCAGCUCGGACUCGCAGUCGCCACGGCAACGUCGGGCAAUUAGCCGCACCGCGAGCGGUCGACGGAUCGCAGGAAGCUUGUGGGGAUGGGCGACCGCCUGGAAUAUCAAUGAAGGCUCGAGCGAAAGAUCGGAGACUGUGGAGCUGCUCACGGCUGCGGAAGAGGCCACGUCGGGCCUCACCUCAGCUGCCCUCCUCUUCGGCUGCGAUGCUCGGCAGUAUAAUUCCUUUUUAAAAAGACAAAGGUGUGGCCCUGCAAUGUCUUCCUCACGCCACUGCUGGCGGAAGGGCCUCUAGAAGAGAGAUCUAUAGACAACCCCAUGACAGCGCGGUUGGAUAUUUGGUUUACAUUUCCACACUGGCAUUGGAAGAGGUAGAAGUACCCACACUUUACCCCACCACAUGCAACUUGCCAUUAGACUAACUUCUACUGCUAAAUGGACAAAGGCGGUGGCUGGGGGAGGCGGGAUUUUGGACUCUUGCCCCAUUGUUUCAACUGCCGUGCCAGGAGAUCGACUCUGGCUGGCCACCUCUGAUUUGCAAUUCAAAUGCGUCAACCACUCCAGCGCGGCAGCGUCCCUUUAACUCCUUUAACAGAAGAAAUGGCAUGCGCAAUUCACGUCGCAAUCACAUAACCCCAAAAGUAAACAAGACACAUAAUUCACGUAAUCCUAUUUGAUUUAAGUUGCCACAUUAUUGUUGGUAGAUUGGGCAAACCAAAGUAAACAUGACAGUACGUCUUCCAAAGACAGCGUACGUGGUUGUUGCGAAUUAAAGGGCAUGGGACUGCGGUAUUUACAAAGCAUGGAAUGGUUGACUCGCCACGAAAUUCUGUCACCACAAUUCAGCCUCGCAAUUCAAUUAAACAAUGUAUCAUUUGUAUAUCUUGCUUUUACACUCUCAUUCCUAUUCUCAGUGCUUUGUUUGCAGUUGUUUCGCUCUUUAACUGUUGCCAUAAAUGUAAUAUUACCAUUGUAUGUGUAUACGAUUAGCGCGUUUGGCUACAUAUG